UAACAAACUUUUAUGAAACAAAAUCAGUACCAUUAUAUUGCAUAUUUCGAUCAAACAAUGUAUACACAAGCGUGUUAAAAUGAAACAAUUAGUAUUUGAUAAAUAAUCUGUUUAAUGGAUUCAUAACCUAUUACAAAGUUCAGGCCAGGUUUCGGUGUGCGACAAUUAGAACCGUAUAUACUGUGUCGAAGGGUUAAAUUUGCCUUUAUGUGGCACGAAACUAUCACGAAAUGUGUUGUAAGCAGAAUGAAAGACAGUCUCGAAUUAUGAGCAGGAUGUGGACAUUUGUGUAAUUGUUACUUAGUCACGAAUCUCACGAUUGCUGACUGAAACGACUUGCCUAACACAACACGCAAAGUCUGUGAAACGAAUCAAGUCUGAUAUCUUUUAUUCCGUACAAGUUACACUGUACUUCGUGAAAUAGAGCCUUUUAUCGAAUGCCCGGUCUAUCGUAUACUUCUUUGGUGGUACUGUCAUAAAUGGGUAUAUGUUAGGUCCCAUGUUUUGAUCUGGUACGUUUUUAUGAAGAAACAGUGCUCAUUUUUCCAAAAUCAUGGCUGCACAACGAGCAUUGCCACAAAGCAAAGAAGCUUUAUUAAAAUCCUACACGACGAGAUUAAAAGACGACGUGAAGUCGAUGCUGGAGAAUUUCGAAGAAAUCAUAAAACUAGCCAAAGGAGAAAGCGACUCGCAAUUGUCUCGGAUGACGCAGUGCGAACAGGAUACGUACGAGAUGCACGUAAGAGCAGCGAAUAUCGUACGUGCGGGGGAAUCUUUGAUGAAACUUGUUUCCGAUAUAAAACAAUACCUGAUACUGAACGACUUUCCCUCCGUGAACGAAGCGAUAGCGCAAAACAGCAAAUUGUUUCGGACGAAACAAGCGGAAUGCGAUCAGAAAUUAGCAUCAUUGAGGGACGACAUGGCUGCUGAUUUGUACGAUUUGGAAGAAGAAUACUACACGUCUAUAUACAAAUAACAAAAACUUUUUGUUCUCAAGGAUGCAUGAUCGUGUACUUGUCGCUGCAUGGACCAUACCUUGAACCGAAAUGUGAUUGGUUUG